UGCUCAGUGUAGCAUGGCAAGAUGCUGGUGAUACGACGCGAGCUAUUGCAAUGGCUAUUGCAUUGCGGGAUAUGUGCCCACCAGGCAUCGAUCUCAAAAUCGACUUCUUGUCGUGUGGCUCUCGUUUCGAGUACCAGAUAACAGAUGCCGGUUUCAACAUCGUUCCGGCACAACCUCGCGUGGGAGGCGUAUCAGUUGCACAUGACCUCGGAUGGGAUUGGCCUGAGUUCUUUGGCUCGGAAGAGAUCGCAAAAACGUUCAUUGAAGGCCAGCUAGCAGCCUUCAAGGAACUAAAGCCAGACAUUGUGUUUCACGGGAUGUGGGCGCCUGCAUCGAUUGCCGCACGCCUUUUGAAAAUCCGGACAAUCAACUUCCUGCCUGUUCCACUUCAUCCUGGGGCCUUCGCGCAUGGCCUCGUUCGCGAUCUUCCAGAUAUGAUGCCUCUGUUCACUCGCCUUCCUCGACCGGUCAGACAAAGAUUGGCCUGGUGGGCCAGCGGACUGAUGGUCAAGGCACCCAUCUUCCGUCAGCAGCGUCUGGGAGCGGCGGCAGCGGCUUGUGGAUGGCCAGUCAAAGGGCCGAUCUCGCUCUUUGAUAUGAAUAUGGCGGACCUCAACAUCGUCAAUGAUCACCCCAUCUUCCAUCAAGAAUACUUGCACCGACUCCCAAAGAACAUCGUUCUCACUGGCCCGUUGUACGCCAGGAACACCUCAAAACUCGAUGAAGAUAUCGUGAAUCAUUUGACACGAGGAUCUGGACCGUCUAUCCUGGUGACAAUGGGUUCUUCCGGCACCGAGGACUUCUUAUUUGAAGCCAUCAAAGCGUUGAAGAUGAACAAGGAGGACAAUUGGAACGCCGUGGUUUUGGCCUCAAAGUCCAUAUGCUCAAUCGACAAGGCCAACGAGAUCGCGGAUGGUGAUCUCCGUCUCCUAGUGACCGAUCGGUUCAUUUCUGCGCCUGCUGCAAACGCCCUUGCUGAUCUCAUCAUCACCCACGGAGGCCAAGGAACUGUUCAGUGUGCCCUAGCAGCAGGGAAGCCCAUUGUUGGAGUUGCACUGCAAGUCGAGCAGCAGACCAACUUGGACAACGCCAUGAAUGCUGGAGCAGGAAUUCGUAUACAAAAGCAGUUUUGGAAUGCCAAAAACAUCCGCUCGACGGUGCAUACUGUAUUGAAAGAUCCGUCCUAUGCGGCGAAGGCUCGAAUGCUGACCAAGACGUUGAACUCCAUGGACGGGGCAGAGACGGCGGCUGAGGUUAUGUGGAAGUUCAUUUUGGAAGAGCCGGUCGAGAAGGCGUAAAGUUAACCUUGUGUGAAGACCUCAAAGGGUCGUGAUAGUAGCUGAAAUCGUUGCGUGACGAGCCCGUUUUGGGCAGAGGGUGC